AUGGCCAAUGCUUUACGGAUAUUAGUGCCCGUCAAGCGGGUUAUCGAUUAUGCGAUCAAACCCCGCAUCAACAAGGCGCAAACCGGAGUCGAAACUGCCGGUGUCAAACACUCAUUGAACCCCUUCGAUGAGCUGUCGAUAGAAGAGGCUGUUCGCCUUCGUGAAAGCAAAGGCCCCAUGAAGGUUGAAAACAUCCUUACUCUUUCCGCUGGAGGGGCUAAGGCCCAGGAUACUCUCCGCACGGCAAUGGCAAUGGGCGCCGACCGUGCCGUUCUGGUAGACGUUCCCGAGGGCAAGGGUGAUGGCGGCUUAGAGCCAUUGACUGUGGCGAAGUUACUGAAGAAUGUUGUUGAAAAGGAAAACAUCAACCUCGUUUUUCUGGGGAAGCAAGCAAUUGAUGGGGACCAAGGCCAAACGGGCCAAAUGUUGGCAGGGUUAUUGGGCUGGGCUCAAGCUACCCAAGCGAGCAAAGUCACUGUCAAGGAUGCAGAAGGCACAAUUGAGGUGACUAGAGAAGUCGAUGGAGGUGUGGAGACGUUAAAAGCGAAAUUACCGAUGAUUAUUACGACGGACUUACGGCUUAACCAGCCAAGAUAUGCGAGCUUGCCAAACAUCAUGAAGGCGAAAAAGAAGCCGCUAGAAAAGAAAACUUUGGCUGAUUUUAAUCUUGAAGAUACAAGGAGGUUGAAGACUGUGAAAGUCACAGAGCCUCCUGCUAGACAAGGAGGAGGGAAGGUUGAAGACGUUGAUGGUCUCAUUAGCCGUUUGAAGGAGCUUGGUGCAUUGUAG